GUCAGGAAACAUAAAAUUGAAACAGCCACUAGAUGGCGAUAUUUGACACAAGCGCCUCAACGUCGGGGCGUGUUUUGAGGGGCCAUUGACGGUUGGGUGGAACUUCGUUUAAAAAGCAUGGCUUUAAUAUGACAAGAUGAAGUAGAACAGGUCAUCAUGUCAGACAAGGUGGUAUUGGUUCUUGGUGGAGCAGGUACUGUGGGCUCGGGGAUUGUUCAAGCCCUGCUGGACAAAGGCUUCAAAGUUGCAGUGAUAUCGAGAGACAACAGCCGGCUGGAGAGACUCCGAUGCGUCAUCUCUCCCAACACCAAACAUAAUCUCAUCACAAUAGUGGGCGAUGUUGGGUCAGAAGAAGGAGCAGAGCAGGCAAAACAGGCCGUGCUGGAGAAGGUGGGGAAAGUUACAGAUGUGGUUUCCUCUUUGGGCUUCAGCUGGUGGCAGGGAGGCCCCCCACACACCCAAACUCUCAAAGACCUACACUGGGUCAUUGAGUCAUUACUUUUUAGUACCUUUGUGUCAUGGAAGGCCUUCUUUCCCUUGGUCAAAGAUGAUUCCAACUGUAGCUACACCUUCAUCACAGGGGGAGCGGGUGAGAAACUUUUAAUGCCUGGGACCGGUUUUCUAACUGUUGGAGCUGCCAGUUCACUGGCCUUCUGCCAGGUCCUUCGCGACGAGUACCCCGAGACAUCCUGUAAGCUCUACCAGGUAACUAUCAACACAGGUGUAGCUACUCCAGAGCGAUUGGCCCCUGGGUUCUUGAACCAUCUGGAUCUGGGUGAGGCUGUAGCCAAACUGGUGGAGCAACACAACGCAUCCCACACUGUCUUCACUAUCAACUGCCCUGCAGACUUAAAAACUGUCUUUCUCAAGGGGACACUUUAAAUUUGGAAACUUGUCACACAUUCUCCUGCCUGUGACUCUGCAGAAACACAGAUCAUAGUCUUUUUGUCGGUCCGAUUAGUAGCAAAUGUUUUCUGAUGUAGGUAGUCAUGUACAAGAUACAUUCAGUAUGUUGGUAGUUUUGGAAAAAUCUGUAAAAUCUUUGCAGCAUGACAACACAACUUGUCAGUCAAACAGAUUGAGUGAGUUUUAAUUGACCCUCCAGGAUUUCAUAAGCUUUUUUUGUUGCAACCUAAAAUGUUACGACUUGUCGGUCAGGCCAUUCUUUGUUAAGUUUUGGGGUGUUUUCCCUGUGUUUUUGGCUUCACUUCCUGUCUUGCCCUCUUAUUUUGUUUCCUCUUCCUGUUCUGUUUGUAUUGUUCCUGCACAUCACCUGGGCAGUAUUUAAGCAAGUCAUAUUUCUGUGUCGGUGUGGGAUCGUUGUCUACAAAUGUUGGAGUUAAGAACACGGUUGGUAGUAUUUUGAGAUUCUUGUUUUUGUUGCACUCACAGUUGUAAGUCAUUCCCUUUGCUUUUCUGUACAAUUUCCUGCCUGCACUCUGUUUUUGUUUAGUACUUUUCACAUUAAAAUCUCAUCCCCA